AUGGGUGACGCUGCCGUCAGCAGGGCCGGGUCCAAGCUGUUCCAGCCCCUGGCCAUCGCCAACGGGAAGAUCCAGCUCAAGCAUCGGGUGGUGCUGGCGCCCCUGACGAGGAACCGUGGCACUCCGGUCAAGGAGUCCACCCCGGAGGACCCAAACAGAGAAUGGAUUCCCAAUGAUCUGAUGGCAGAGUACUACUCUCAGCGCUCGACCGAAGGAGGUCUCAUAAUAUCCGAGGCGAUCCCGCCCAACCUGGAGGGCAAUGCCAUGCCUGGCGUGCCGGGCAUCUUCCGGGUAGACCAGAUCCAGGCGUGGAAGAAGGUGACGAGCGCGGUGCACGCCAAGGGCGGCGUCAUCUACGCGCAGCUCUGGCACUCCGGGCGGGCUAACAUCCCGCACCUGACGGGCACGCCGACGCUGUCGGCGUCGGCCACGCCGUGGGACGACGCGGAGGAGACGUUCCCGUACCCGCCGCCGCACACGUCGGUGCCGGUGAGGCUGCGCGACCACCCGCCCGUCGAGAUGACGGUGGAGAAGAUCAAGCAGACGAUCGGCGACUACGUCCGGGCGGCGCGGGCGGCCAUGGACGCGGGCUUCGACGGCGUCGAGGUGCACGGCGGGAACGGGUACCUCCCGGAGCAGUUCCUCUCGUCCAACAUCAACAAGCGGACCGACGACUACGGCGGCAGCCCCGAGAAGCGCUGCCGGUUCGCGCUCGAGCUGAUGGGCGAGCUGGCGAACACGGUGGGCCAGGAGAACCUCGCGAUCCGGCUGAGCCCCUUCGGCCUCUUCAACCAGGCGCGCGGCGAGCAGCGCCUCGAGACGUGGGGCCACCUGUGCCGCGAGCUCAAGAAGAAGCACCCCACGCUCAGCUACGUCAGCUUCAUCGAGCCGCGGUACGAGCAGAUCUUCAGCGAGGAGCAGAAGCAGGCCUUCCUCGACAGCUGGGGGCUGCCCGAGGUGGACCUGAGCGAGUUCCGCAAGAUCUUUGGCGAGACGCCCUUCCUGUCGGGCGGCGGCUGGAACGACGAGAACGCCUGGGGCGAGGUCGAGAGCGGCAAGUACGACGCCCUGCUGUUUGGCCGCUACUUCAUCAGCAACCCGGACCUGGUCGACAGGCUGCGCGAGGGCCGGCCCCUGACGCCGUACGACCGGGCGCGCUUCUACGGGCCCUUCCCGGCGGACCCGCACGUGGGAUACACCGACUACCCGACCUGGGAGCAGCAGCAGAAGAAGGAGGACGCCCUCAGCCACAAGCAGCCCCAGAUGUAG